CCCCACGUGACCGAUCACGUGGGUCAUGACAUCAUCAGGUCCUUCGGCUUACUAGGAGCCGAGCAUCGACCCUACCCCUGGAAACAAGCAGCAUGACAGCCCAUAGGGAGUGAGGAGACUCACAGCUACAAGUCAGUGCCGGGGCUGCUGUGAGGGCCUAUGAUGGAUCCCGUCCAAGUAUUGAGUUUUCUGCUGCUCGCUCUGCUGUCCUUGGGGAAUUGCUCAGAGACAAACAAGCAAAAGAAAGACAACGCGUUUGAAAUCUAUAAGAAGCUUUUUGAGGUGAAGAGGAAGGAUCAGAUCAAUGCCCUCAACAACCUAAUUGAACUAAAUGAUGUCAACCAGCAGUACAAGAUUAUUGACAUAAUGCUAAAGGGGCUUUUCAAGGUGCUGGAGGACUCCCGAGCUGUUCUCAUUGCAGCAGGAAUACAGCCUGAUGGUCCAUUCCCCAUAGAUGAGAAGAUUAAAGAUGCCUAUUCACACACUGUGGAAAAUUCCGCCUUCUUUGGUGAUGUCGUCCUACGUUUUCCCAAGAUCGUUCACCAUUACUUUGAUCGAAAUUCCAAUUGGAACAACCUGAUUCGGUGGGGUAUUGGCUUCUGUAAUCUGAGUGGCAUCUUUGAUGACGGUCCUCACUCCCAGCUUCUUGGCCUGAUGUCUCAGGAGUUGGCCAUUAGUGAAAAGUCCCCUGAUUAUCGAAAUCCCUUUAGGAGUGAAAAUAUGGAGUUUUUACCCAAUACAGAUGCCUUUCAGAAAGCGAUAAAAGAAGAGGAGAAACGAAGACGUAAGGAAGAGAAGCGGAAAGAAAUCCGGAAAGGCCCUCGAAUAACGCGCUCUCGGUCAGAAUUAUAACGGUGGGCCGAGGGUAACGUUGUGUGCGUAUAGUGGAGAAAGCCUUACUGAACAAUACACGUGCCAACAUCAUUCCGGUCUGAACCAAGAUGUAACAAAAACUGUUCUAAUGCUGGAUACAGAAACACAAGUAGAAGAUUGAACCAUUGGGUCUAUGGCUCUGAGCUCUUAAUUCUUUUUGUAAAAUAUCAGAAAAUGUG